AUGGAGGCCUUCUUAAGCUACCAGCAGCGUUUAGAUUGUGGUGGGGGAGACGCUAAUCUUCCGCCUGGUUUCAGAUUCCAUCCCACAGAUGAGGAGCUUAUCACUUACUACCUUCUGAAGAAGGUUGUUGACAGCACGUUCUCCGCCCGCGCCAUUGCGGAAGUUGAUCUCAACAAAUGCGAGCCUUGGGAACUGCCUGAGAAAGCAAGAAUGGGGGAGAAAGAGUGGUACUUUUUUAGUCUGCGCGAUCGGAAGUACCCGACUGGGUUGAGGACGAACAGGGCUACGGAGGCGGGGUACUGGAAGGCCACCGGAAAAGACAGGGAGAUUUACAGCUCCAAGACUUGUGCGCUGGUGGGGAUGAAGAAAACCCUAGUUUUCUACCGUGGCAGGGCUCCCAAGGGGGAGAAGACUAACUGGGUCAUGCAUGAGUAUCGGCUUGAUGGCAAGUUUGCCUACCAUUACUUCUCUAGAGCUUCAAAGGAUGAGUGGGUUAUUUCGCGGGUGUUUCAAAAGAGCGGCGCCGCCGCGGCUGCCGGAGUAGGGAAGAGGAAGAUGUCCAGCAUCAACCUCUACCCGGAAGUCAGCUCGCCGUCCUCCGUCUCUCUCCCUCCGCUUGUUGAAUCGUCGUCCUACAACAACACUGCCACGUCCGCUCUCGCCAUUGACAACGAGAGCUGCUCCUUCGACGGCGGCCACGCCGCCACCAAGGAGCACGUGCCCUGUUUCUCCACUGCUGCGCCGCAGACUUUCAACUCAAAUGCUUCGCUGUUUGAUCUCCCGCCGCCGCCGCUCGCGGCGGCCAAUUUCUCCCCCCUCAUCGACCCAUCAUCCACCCGGUUUGCAAGAAACAACAACGUCGGAGUCCCCGCGUUCCCCAGCCUGAGAUCCCUCCAGGAAAACCUCCACCUCCCUUUCUUCUUCCCCAGCGCCACUCCGCCGCCCUUGCAUGGCGGCCUGGGAGACCAGAUGGGCGGCUACGGCUCCUCCAUCCCCAGCUGGCCGGCGGCGACAGAAUCCCAGAAAGUUGGCAGCUCUGAGCUUGACUGCAUGUGGAGUUACUGAUCGCUGAAUCAAAUCCGCUCUGCUCAUUAGGAAUCUUUAAUUGCAGUGUUAAGAAUGAUCUUUAUCUACUUUUAAUUUAUGAAUUAUGCAAGUCAGUAGGUGUACGUACGGGCAUUGCAGCAGGCAGCAGCCUCGCUUGGCGUUAAUUAACGUCUUGUUGUUGUUAACUUUGUACGUAACUGGAAAGCAUGCAAUGUUUGCAUUAUUAGAUGUCCUUUUCUUGAUUUGUCCUACGUACGAAGCGGCCAUUAAUGGUGGUAAUGAAGUUGUAUGUGCUAUUUAUUGCCACUAAUAAUGCGAAUCCAAUGGGAUGUAUUUAAUGUACGGACGACGU